UCAUUCAACUCCCUUUCCAAAUUACCACCAUGGAUCAAACCCAAACCCUACCAGAAAACCAACCACCACCACCACCGGUGGACAACAUCCACCACUCACCUGUAGACAACUCCCGCCCUUUCCGCUCAGUCAAGGAAGCUGUAGCUGUCUUUGGAGAACGGUUUCUAGCAACUGAAGUACUCUACUCAUCACCAUCAUCAAAACCUUUCACCUUACCCAAACAAGAAACCCCAAUUUGGAAAUCUACACCGGAAAAUGAAGAAAACCCAUCUCCGACACUCAUGACCACACUCAAGAAACUGGAGUCAGAGCUUGAAGAAACAAAGAGAGAGUUGAACAUAUUGAAGGAGAGAGAGUCUGAGACGGAGGUGGCUUUGGCUUCUUUGAAUGCUGAGCUCCAUAAGAACAUGUCCAAGAUAGCAAAAGCUGAGGCGGAGGUGGCCGGAAAAGCAGUGGCGGCAAUGAGACCUUCCACCACUUUAGGCCAAGUGCUUAAUGGUGGUGGUGAGAGAGAGAAGGGUGGAGAGAGAAAGUACGUGAAGGAGAGGAAAGUGAUGAAGAAGAAGAAGCCUGUGGUUCCAUUGGUGACUGAUUUGUUUACAAAGAAGAACAAUGGGAAGGUUAAGAGUUCAUUUCUGAGUCCAUUCUAUUCAUCGUCCCCAAUGUAUAAUUGGAAUUAAGAAAUUAAAGAACAAGUUUCAUGCAUGCACGUAUAUAUAUGCAUUAAUUAAUGCAAAGCAUAUGCAUGGAUGGAUUAUAAGUCAUGUAAGAGUGAAAUUGAUUCCCUUUAUCAAUUUAUAUGAGAUCAAGUGUUCUUAA